AUGGCUCCUGGAAUGAACACUCGACUAUCCAUGCUUUCUUCUCAGCAGCAACGCUCUUCAAAACCCGGAGGUCUUGUUGGAUUGUCGGACACCAUGGCUGGUCUUUCUGUCGGACAAUCUCGUCCAUCAGACACUCGUCGCACUUCAACCAUCAAUGGAAACGGAUCUGCAAGAAUGAGUUUGGGUCGACAGAGCAUGGGAUUUGGUGGAAGACCUUCUCUAUCUUCAGUUUCCCUAUCUGGACAGGCAUCGUCAAUUACAAAAGAUCCUCGUCCGCUCAAAGAGAAGCAAUGGCAAACAAAAGCCAUCAAACAGCUCGUUAGCUUCCUUGCUCAAACUGGUUGUCCUGUGCCCAUAUCCGCAAAAAAACUCACUGCUCCUUCAUCCAAGGACUUUGCUGAUGUGUUCAAGUUUUUGUACAGAAAACUAGAACCCAAUCAUGAAUUCAAGUCAAAGAUCGAAGAGGAGUUGCUGUCGUUACUUCGGACACUGAGGUAUCCGUUUGCAGAACAAAUCAACAAGUCGCAGCUGUUUUCUAUCGGUUCACCACAUGCUUGGCCAACAUUUCUGGGUAUUCUUCACUGGCUAAUGGAAGAAAUCAUGUGUUGUAUCGAGUUUGAUGAACAGAGUCAAAUCGAUGAUAAUAAUGAUACUAUGGGCGAUAGUCGCCAACCUGAAAAAAUAUUUCACGACUAUGUCAUUCGAACCUACAUUGCAUUUUUGGAAGGAAGCGACGACUUUGAUGCGAUUGAUCGUGAAUUGAUGGGCAGUUUCGAUCGAAAGAAUGAAGUCACUAUUCGCGAUGUAGAACGUCUUCGUCGCGAACAUCAAGCUCUUGAAGAAGAAAUGGCUGUAUUGACUCAGGGAGAGUCUCCACUGGAAGCUCUCACUCGGGAAAAUGGCAUUCUAGAAUCUGACAAGGAAAAAUUUCGAACUUAUAUUACACAUGUGGAGGGCAAAGAGCAGAAACUUAAUGAGAAUUUGCUAUCCCUCAAGCAAGAAUUGGAUAUUCAAGCCGAGGAAAUUGCCUGUCUUACCAAUGAAAAGACGGAACUCCAACAGACAGUUGAUGCUCAGGACAUCUCUCCUGCAGACGUGGAUCGCAUGAAUGCAGAGCGUGAUCAACUUGCACUAUCGUUACAAACUGUUUCAACCAAACUUGAAACUGCAAAUAAGAUUGUUUGGGAAAAAGAAAUUGCUCUUCAAAAGCGUAUGGACCAACUUGAGAAAGUAGUUCAAGACUAUAAUUCACAGGCGUUUAAACUGGGUUUGAUUGGUUCGCGGUCUGCAGAUCUUGCUCCGCUAGCCAAGGAACUUGAACUUUACAUUCAAGCAGACACACAGGAUCAUAUGGUGUCUGUAGACCUCAAGGGUGUUGUCAAGACGACUCUGCAAAGACUCAAAGAAAGGUACAAUGCUGCACUUCAUAAGGCUCAAGAUGAUAUGCUUGAACUUCAAGAGACACUUGAUCAGCUUGUAUGGACUCAGACACGCGACGAAGAAGAGUUGCUGUCUAUGCAGAGUCGCAUUACCUUUCUCAACCAUAGAUAUAAUGAAGAAAAAGAGCAUGUUACUCUGACGACAACGGCAAUGAAUGAUGAUAUUGAGCACUUUGAGCGACAAAUUCAAAAACUCAAAGUUGAAAGCAACGCCAUGAUGUUUGCUGUUCAGCAAAAAGGUCAAACCGUUACAAUAGAGUAUGAAGAGCUGUCACGUAAGUACACAGAGCAAAAGGAAAAGGCGUUGAAUCAGCUUAUAAGAGGAUUGCAAGAUGUAUUUGGGAUGCAGACAGGAGUUGCAGCAGCAAUUGAAGAGCUUUCUCGACAGGCCAACGAGGCAUUGACUGAAGCCACAAACUACACGUCAAACUUGAUAUCGAGUGAAGAUACUGUCAUUGAAGUGUGAUGGCUAUACAAACUAUUUGAAUCAAAUGCUGGUCUUGAAAUCGAUCGAGGGUUUGGCCAUAUUUUGAAAGCUGUAAUCAUUGUUGAAUUCAAGUUUAUUAUUACUCC